AGUUGACUUUGACAAAUCAGUAUUUUCAAUAGAUGUUGCUGAUUUGUUCGUGCGUGGAGAAUGUCCUAUUUCAAAUAAUAAAUCAAAUUAUUUAUCGUUUCGUAAAUCGUGAAUAAAUGCGUGCCAAAGUAUAACAUGACAUUGUUACCCAACUCUGAUUAGAUAAAACUCCGCUCAAGUUUAAGACCCACACGAAGAAAAACCUGUCAUUAUGUCAUCGCCGUCCAAGCAUCGAUCAAAGAGGCAAACAAAGUGCAAAAGGUUUAUGCACAAAAGAUUGCCAAUCUCUAAAUGGCUGCCAGAAUAUAAUUCUGACAAGUUACUGGCGGAUUUGAUAGCUGGCAUAACUGUGGGCUUGACAGUCAUACCACAGGCAUUGGCGUACGCCACGCUCGCCGGCCUGGAGCCACAGUUCGGGUUAUAUUCCUCGUUUAUGGGAUGCUUCGUAUACAUAAUAUUUGGCUCGUGUAAGGACAUAACUCUGGGCCCCACGGCUUUAUUGGCCCUUAUGACGUAUCAGCAGAUACAGGGAAGGAACACUGACUAUGCGGUGCUUCUGUGUUUCCUGUCAGGCGUUGUCCAGUUAGUUAUGGGCCUGUUGCAUUUAGGUGUACUUAUAGAUUUUAUAUCGGUGCCGGUCACCGUAGGGUUCACUUCAGCUACGUCUGUGAUAAUAGCGGUAUCGCAACUCAAGGGUCUGUUGGGCUUGCAAUUCAGAUCCGGUGGAUUUUUGGAUACUAUUAAAAAAGUGAUAAUAAAUAUACCAAACGCAAGAAUACCUGAUAGUUUAUUGGGACUGACAUGCAUUGCAGUCCUGCUUUUAAUGCGAAAAAUGAAAGAUAUAAAUUUGCCAGCGAGCCAAAAGGGUCUUAAGAAGGCAUUGUGGUUGUUGUCAACGUCAAGAAAUGCUAUAAUAGUUAUUCUGUGUUCGUUGGCCGCGUUUAUAUUUGAGAGCCACUCCGAAUCACCGUUCAAGCUCACAGGAACAGUAAAAGAAGGUCUUCCGCCGCUAAGGUUGCCGCCUUUCAACACGGAGUAUGGAGGCAGGGCAGUGUCAUUCACCGAAAUGUGUUCGGAUCUCGGAUCUUCGAUAGUUUUAGUGCCUAUUGUUGCUGUGUUGGGCAAUGUAGCUAUUGCUAAAGCUUUUGCCAGCGGCGAAUCAGUGGAUGCGACGCAAGAGCUAAUAACUCUAUCGCUGGCGAAUAUUUUCGGUUCGUUCGUGGGCGCUAUGCCGAUCACAGGCUCGUUCUCUCGCAGCGCGGUGAACCACGCGAGCGGUGUCGCGACGCAGUUCGGCAGUAUUUUCACAGGUAUUCUAGUUCUGUUAGCUCUCAGUCUACUCACGCCUUAUUUCUACUAUAUACCGAAGGCGUCUCUGGCCGCGGUGGUCAUAUGCGCCGUCAUAUUCAUGAUAGAAUAUGAGGUAGUAAAACCAAUGUGGCGGUCGCGGCGCGCCGACCUCGUGCCGGCGUUCGCAACGUUCGCGCUAUGUCUCUCAGUGGGCGUGGAGUUAGGCAUACUGGCCGGUGUGGCUGUCAACCUGAUUCUUCUGCUGUAUCCCAGUGCAAGGCCGCAGCUUGAAGUCGAAGUUGUUACGAACCCAUCGGGCCUCAACUACUUAAUGGUGACCGUGGGAAAUAGUCUCUAUUUCCCUGGAGUGGAAUACAUACGUCAGUAUGUCGAAAGAGCUGCGAAAAAACAAGGCGGAUGCAGUAUGCCAGUCGUUAUAGACUGCAGAUAUGUGCUAGGCGCGGACUUCACAGCGGCUAAAGGCAUGUGCGCAUUGUCAAGCUCUCUCUCAUCUCGCGGUCAGCCGCUGAUAUUGCUCUCGCCUCGGGCCAACGUGGCCUCUGUGUUCAGCAACUCAGGGUCCAGCGUCGUUGUGGUGCUGUCUAACAAUGAGUUAGAAUCUACAUUGCAAAAUGUUACCGGCCAAAUACCACUGCCACUUAUCAAUGGUCACGGAAAAGGACAGACGCCGCCGCCAAACUACGACUCUCUUCGCACCGACGAAAUUACUGAAAUAGUCAUAUGUGACGAACAAAACAGGACUCCUCUGCUUUGCAGGAGUGCGGCCAAAUCUCACGCCACAGAGAUCAAUGACACAUGAUCUCGCCAACAUAUAUACAUAUAGUGUAUAAGUAUGUACAGUAUAAAGUGACAUUAGUUAGCAAUACUUACUAUUGAAAUUGUGUAUAGCGCCAUCUAUAGGUGAUGCAUAUCACAAUAACUGCGUCGGAUCCGUAUUCUAUUAGUUUACAGCAAUAUAAACUGCGUUAAGUCUCGAAAAGUAAAUUCCAUUUAAUUAGUAAAUAGAUUCUUCAAAUACCAUACUAGUAUAACAAAUAGUAACAUGUUAUCUUAUAAAUUUAAGACCUAAUACUAAGGCAAUUUCGGCUGUUCGUAUAUAAUGAUUUGUACAUGUUUACACGUAACAUUUUUAUACACGUUAAAUCGUCCAAAAAUUUCACAUAAACCUAGCUCUGAACAUGGAAUACCUAAAUUAAAUACAUUAUUAUAUAAUAAAUCUUUAAAUAAAAAUAUCAAACAAUCCUAUAGUCAUUACCUGCCAUUAUAACCUCACUACAUUAGUGAAAACACUCCAGUGACCUUAGUUAACGUUCCUAUUCCAAUCCUAAAUCAAAAUAUAUCAGUAGUUAAGAUUUUAUUUCGUAAUUUACGUGCGGUACUUAAUUAAAUAUACUUAGGUAAAUAUUGUUUGUGUUGUAAAUCUUAUAAGCAUAGAAGGCGUAACGUAAGAACUUAGACGUAUAUUAAUACUUAUUUGUAGUAUUCACAUAUUUUAAGCUAAUAUUGUGUGUCAAGCUCUCUAAAUACGAGUGCAAUGUCUACAGCCACAUUAUUUUCGUUUUGUUUUUUUUUCUAUUUGGUCCUUCGAGCUGGACAUUCGGCUUACCUAAAUAAAUCUAUAAAACUAAUAACAUUCCUUGAUUAAAUUUUUGUCCUUCAAUUUGUUUGAUUGUGAGCAUAAUGUUCAGUCUUAUUUAGGACCAAAAAAUACGUAAACGAACAUCUCUUGGCAAAUGGCUUCGAUAUUAAAAUGGGUAUUUAACAAUAACCGACACGUCGACAUACUCUCUCUCUAAACUACUGCCUUAUGUCAAGAACUGCACUAGACCGAGUGUUCACUCAGGGCACCAACAGCUGAUCAGUCCAAAUACGAAAUAUACGUCUAAAAUCUUAUUAGUAAUAACUACCAAAGAUCUGUGAGUCUAUUCUGUCUACAUUUUAUAGUAAAAAUUUCCAUUAUUGGUCAUGUAUAAUUGGUACAAAGUGAUAUGAAGUUUCUUCAUUAGUCCGGUAUUAAUCCUUUUUCCUCUGCGUAGGUUACAUUCCUAUCCGGACUUAAAAAGUCUUUUAUGAUACUUGAAAAUUUUCACUAAAACAGAUCAUCUGGACAUUGUUUUUUCUUAAAUCUCGAUGUUGCCAUAAUUGGCCUAUCGCCUUUUGAAAGUCUAUAGAUUUAUCACUGAAUAUCUUCUAAAUAUAAACCGGAUGAUUCUAAAUCGUUACGCAAUUGGGCGACUAUGGCAUGUAUUUCACCAUAACUUUUCCCAGUUAAAGAUAUUUACAUCGAGAUUUCUCGGAUUUUAGAUCUGGGUUAUUUUGGAUUUCUCGUGUAUGCACAAAUCUAUAAAUCUUGACUUUCUAUUAAGACCAUAUCACGUUGUAUCAAAACCACACAUUGCCUGGUUAUUAUAUUUUAAUAAGUUUGUGUUCACCAAAAUAAGUACUAAAAAAAAUAUUCAGAUGAAAUAACCACAGAUUUACCGUUUUAUGUAACCGGGUUAUCUAUAAGGAAAAAUGAAACAUUUUCGUAUACUUGAGUUUGAAAAUACAUUGUGUAAAAAAUAU